AUGGUGUCGUGUGUCGUCCCACAAGGCAGUUUUGGGUGGUUUUGGAAGCUUCUGCCCACGACGUAUCUGAAAGCGAGGCUUCAAUCCCUUUCUCGCCUGCAAACCAUCUCUCCAUGCCCGCUGCGCCUGUUCAGAGGCAAUCCUAGCGGCGACGAGCUGGGCGAACAAGGUGUGACGAGAAUCCUCCUGUUUGGCAUUCCUAAGUUGCCCCUCCCGGAAAAUUCAGCAUCGCAGUUUUGUUGGGAAAUCAAAUUUGUCCUAUCCGCAGAUUUGAGGCCAUCGGCUCAAUCCAGCACAGACUAUACGAUGCCACCAAAGAAGGACGCUGUCUCUUCUGGCGGCAAAGGUGAAGGCCGUGGACAGAAUGGUAAUCGACCUGGCUUCCGAACCGACACGGCCAUCUCAAACAGGGGCGCAGCCGGUGAACGAGUCCUUCAGCCCUGGGUUCCGGAUGCCAGUGAUGGCCUUGACGCCAGUCUAGAGGGAUCAACGAGCAGUGGUGCUUGGGAUCAGUUCGCGGCAAACGAGCGACUCUUCGGGGUCAAAACUGACUACGACGAAAACAUCUACACAACGUCUAUCAACAAGAGUCAUCCUCAAUACCGCGAAAGAAUAGCUGCAGCCGACAGGAAAGCGCGUGAGAUCGAGCGAAGUGCUCCCACUACUGCACACGUAGCGGAAGAGCGAGUGAUGGACUACAAUGGUUCUGGUGGUGGCGAUGACAACGAGGAAGAGAAGUACAGUGGCGUCCGCCGACAAGACUUUCCGCCUCUGGGCGGAGGGCGGGAGAAUAGAUAUACACCUCCUGCCAAACGAGCCCCAGCCGCGCAGUCAAACGUUAAAGGCGCCCCGGUGGACCCUGCGAUUAUUUCUGCGCAGAUUAAAGCACCUUAUAAGAAGCCUGCACCUGCUGCUGCUGAUCAGACUCAUGGUCAACCACCCGACUCUGCAAAGAACGCAACCACCACCCGACAGCAGACACCCAAGACUGCAGAUUCGCAGCCUACGCACGAGAAGUCCACAGAGGCCAAAGUUGCGCAGUCUAAGGAUUUCAAGUCAUCAGACACGAGGGUUACCGAGAACUCUUCAACAGCCGCAACCACUACCCCUGUUGGCACCAAGGUCGGGCAAGGCGCAGCUGACAAGGCCACAGUCAGUGCCACGUUGACUGUUGAGCGUGACGUACUGAACUCGUUCAAAACUUUUGCUACUCAGCAGAGAAUCAACGCUGAGAAAGUUCGAAACAGCAAGGCCAAAGCUGAUAAAGAGGUCAAGCUCACUGAGUUACGAAAGUUCGCCACAAGUUUCAAGCUAUCAACACCCGUUCCAAACGACUUGGUGUCUAUCAUCGCGAAAGAUCCGGUGAAGCAAAAGGAAAUCCAGGCUCGAGCAAUCAGGAACGCUGAAGAAGUCGCAGCAAAAUCCAAAGCGGACUCUUCUUCUAAGAGUUCACCAGCCAGUGGUAAAGGUACUCCUCCUAAAGUCAGUGAUCCAGGUACUACCAUGCCUCCUUCUGUCGACCCACGAAACUCUCGCGCCCCAGCCGGACCGCACGGGGCUUCACCAGCUGGCGCACCGAACCGGCACACCGGACCUCGCCAGCCAUACCCUCAGCAGUAUCAUGGUCAGGGAUAUAGGAAUAACCGCGGCGGACUGCAUAACAUGCCCCCUCAGCAAACUGGCAGCCUGGCUCAGCGGCUGCGCAACGUCGAGCAGCAAAAGUUUUCGCAGCCGCCAACAGUCCAGCAGCCGCCACCUAGUCAGGAUGCACGCGCGCCACCCACUGGACCUUCUGGCACAAACGACACCAACUUUAGCCGUCGGCACAGUGCUCUGCCUGGGCACAUGGGUGUGAAGCUGAACCCUAACAGCCAUGAGUUUCGGCCAAGUCCAUUUGCUCCCUCUUUCAACCCCAACAACCAUGCCAGUGCAGGCUCAAGCCCUCGCUCCGCUGUCAACAAUGUUCCUGACGCGAACCCUGCUGCUGUUGUUCAUGGGCAACUCAUUCGACGCAAGACCAAAGCUGUCGAUGUUAACAAGUGUUCGAUUCUUUCUCACAUUAAAACCUUUGCUCCUCCUCCGGGCCGCAAGUGGGACGACAAUGGCGGUCUGCGACCUGCUUAUGAUACUCUUCCCACCUGGCGACAGCUUCGGGAUGACGAGAAAGCCGAUUCGACGAUGCAUCUCACGUAUAAGGAAUACUUUGAACGAAGCCCUUUCUCUGGGCCUGCAAUGGCAACGCCGAAUACUCCACACGCUCUCCCCCACCUGGCACAUCAACACCAACUGCCCUUUCAUCUUCAACAUGGCUCGCUCCACACAGGCCAGCGCCAGUCGCCCGCCAUGCCACCUAUGCAGAUGCAUACACCUCAUCACGGCCCUGGCCCUCACAGCCAAUAUGGUAAUGACGAUCACCGCAUGAUGCACUCCAACUCUCAGCAGUCGUUUGCAUCACCUCGCAUGGCACAAAUGCCAAUGGCCUACAACUCACCCAGUCAGAUGGCGUACAACCAGCCAGUGUAUAUGGGUGGAGGUGCCCCACAGAUGGGACAGUACCGAAGCUUCUCUAACAGCCAUCAUCCUCACUACGCACCACCCCAGGCACAUAUGAUGAUGCCGCAACACUUUAUGCCUGCGCCUCAGGGAAUGGUUGGCGGCCCCCAGAUGAUGUAUCCAGGUGCACAUGGACAGUUUAUGUCUCCAGGUGGCCCGCAGCAGCCAGGCCCUGGGGCAAAUGGAUAUCCCAGCCCAGGAAGACCUUCAGCCCCUGCCAUGGUUCAUCAAGGAUCGCAGCAGGGGCAGCCUAUGUAUGGCAUGAGUCCGAGUGUGCAGUAUAACCAGCCUGCCUACGGACAGGUACAGGGUGGCGCGCCAAGCCAGUGA